CGUCACGUGCUGCUGUGUGUGUUUCUGAGCGACUCGGCUGUGUUUACUGAUGGAGGAAUAAACAGAGCUAAUAUGAGCUUCAGUGAUUAAUAACAGAUUAUUAGCAGGUUAAUAACAGUAAAAGUUUGCACACACCAGGAAAAGGUGGGUGUGGUCAUGCAGCCCCUGAAGGAUGCUGAGCUUGGGGCUUUCACCUUCUUCGCCUCCCCCCUUCCUCAUGACGUGUGCGGGAGUAAUGGGCUCCCCCUGACCCCCAACUCCAUCAAGAUCCUGGGCCGCUUCCAAAUCCUCAAGACCAUCACCCACCCCAGACUGUGCCAGUAUGUGGACAUCUCUCGGGGCAAACAUGAGAGGCUGGUUGUAGUGGCUGAGCACUAUGAACGCAACCUCAAGGACCUUCUCAAGCAAGAUAAACCAAUCAGCUCAGACAGGGUGCUGCAGAUUGCCUAUGAGGUUUUGGAGGGACUGGCCUUCAUGAACAAACAUGGACUGGUGCAUCGAGCCCUGGGCCAGCAUAAUGUGCUCCUAGACUGCAAGGGCAGAGUUAAACUGGCCAAGUUUGGUCUUUAUCAUAUGACGGAUCACGGAGCAGAUGUGGAUUUCCCUGUCGGAUACCCAUCUUAUCUGGCUCCAGAGGUGAUCGCUCAGGGUUCCUUCCACUCGUCUGAAGGUUCUCUCGCAGAUCCCCCGCUUCGCUCCGGACCUAAGACGGAUGUGUGGUCUCUGGGGGUGCUGCUGUUUGAGCUGUGCGCUGGGAGGCAACUUUUACAGAAUAUUGAGAUCAGUGAGAGGCUGAAGUUCAUUAUUACUUUAGGUUGUAUGGAUGACAUAGUUACUGUCCUUGCUGAGGAACACGGGUGUCUGGACACUAUUAAGGAGCUUCCGGAGAAUGUGCUGGCCUUAUUGAGGAAAUGCCUGACUUUUCUGCCCUCAAAAAGGCCCACUCCAGCAGAGCUGUUGAAGGAUGCAGUGUUUGAGGGCGUGUCCUGCCUCUACACGCCCUAUCAGAGUCCAGUUCAUCUGUUCUCCUCCUCUCUGCGCUGUGCCCACCUGGAACUGCCCGAGGACAUCAAUGAACUCUGCAAAGUUGAUGGGGAGGACUUUCUGUCGGAGAGAUCUGUGGAUGAGGUGUAUUACCUGUGGUGUCUGGCAGGAGGAGACCUGGAGAAAGAACUGACCAAUAAAGGCAUCAUCCAGUCCAAACCUCCAGUGUGCACCCUGCCCAACUUCAUUCUAGAAGAUGGAGAGUGGUUUGGUCAAAGCAGGGACCGAAGCUUCCUCCUGGACGACACCACUGUGACGCUCUCUCUUUGUCAGCUGAAAAAUAGGCUGAAGGACGUGGCAGGAGAGGCGUACUACCCGCUGCUGGAGGACGAGCAGAGCUCGCUGCCCCAGUCCAACAGCAAUAACGAGCUGUCCGCUGCUGUCAGCCUGCCGCUCAUUAUCCGCGAGAGAGACACCGAGUACCAGCUUACACGCAUCGUCCUCUUCGACAGGCUGCUCAAGGCAUAUCCAUACAAAAAGAACCAGGUCUGGAAGGAAGCCAGAGUAGACAUUCCCCCACUGCUCAGGGGACUGGCCUGGGCUGCUUUACUGGGAGUUGAGGGGGAUAUUCAAGCAAAGUAUGAUGGCAUUGACAAGGACACGCCCAUCCCCACAGACAGACAGAUCGAAGUGGACAUCCCCCGCUGUCACCAAUACGAUGAACUCCUGUCUUCACCCCAGGGACACAUCAAGUUUCGGAGGGUUCUGAAGGCCUGGGUGGUGUCCCAUCCAGAUCUGGUCUACUGGCAGGGCUUGGAUUCACUUUGUGCUCCUUUUCUGUACCUGAACUUCAACAAUGAAGCUCUGGCUUACGCCUGCAUGUCUGCCUUCAUCCCUAAAUACCUCUACAACUUCUUCCUGAAGGACAACUCACACGUCAUCCAAGAGUACCUGACCGUCUUCUCUCAGAUGAUAGCCUUCCACGACCCCGAGCUCAGCAACCACCUGAAUGAGAUCGGCUUCAUUCCAGAUCUUUACGCCAUUCCCUGGUUCCUCACCAUGUUCACGCACGUGUUUCCCCUGCAUAAAAUCUUUCACCUGUGGGACACUCUGUUAUUGGGGAACUCCUCUUUUCCGUUCUGUAUUGGAGUGGCGAUUCUGCAGCAGCUUCGCGACAGGCUUCUGGCCAACGGCUUUAACGAGUGCAUCCUGCUGUUCUCUGACCUGCCAGAGAUUGAUAUAGAGCGCUGUGUCCGAGAAUCCAUCAACCUGUUCUGCUGGACCCCCAAGAGCGCUACGUAUCGGCAGCAUGCCCAACCACCAAAACUAGCAGGAGACAGCAGCAGCAGCAGCUUUGGAAAAUCCUCUGCCUUCUACUCAUCAGAGUACCAGGACCUACCCAACACAGACCUGGCUCGUGAACCGCUAAAGUUGUCUGAGCUGAAGGCCGAGGUUUCUCCUCGUAUCUCCGCGGAGGAUCUGAUUGACCUGUGUGAGCUGACCGGACCAGCUCAUUUUAAGACUCCAGUAAAGAGGCCCAAACCCGUCAAAACCAAGAUCGUAGCCGUGGACAUCCGAAGCUCUGAGGACUUCAGUCGUGGUCACAUCCCUGGCAGCAUCAAUAUCCCGUACAGUUCAGUGUUCGGGCCGGACGGGGAGGUGCUUCAGUGCCCUGUGACCAACACACUGACCGGAUACAAGGGCAGAGUCAUCGUGGUGCUCAGCAACAUCAUGAAGACCGCAGCUACUUUUGCUGCUCACCUGGUAAAAGUGAACUUCCCUCGCGUGUGUGUCCUCGAUGGCGGCAUGAACAAGAUGAAGCCCACUGGUCUCCUUACCGUGCCCUCACCACAGAUUUAAAUAUGUACAGUACAAUCUGUAUCUGUUUGUGUGUGUUUGGGAAAAGUCAGCCGAAAAGCACUGUUUCUUGUAUUUCGUUGUAAAACCCCUGUUUGUAACAUGAUUAAUGUUGCAUUUGAGGAAAAGUUUGAGUUUACAGUCAUGUGCAAAAGUUCACAAUGAAAAAAAAUCACAACUUAAUUUCGACACAAAACACGUCUGCACAUUUCAAUGCACAAUUACUGUUUUUUUAGCUUAAUUUAACAUAUUAGGAGUUUAAUCAUAGCAUGUACAAUGUGUUAUGUCACAUUUCAUAUGUAAUAUAUUACUUCAAUUAAGAAAAUCCAUAAAUUAAUGUUAAAUAAUACAUAAUAAAUAUAAAACAUAAAAAUGCAUUAAUAAAAAAGGUGCACUAAAAUUUGUUCCACAGUUUUAAGGUUCUCCACAGUUCUCAGUAUAAAACAACAGUUUACAUUAUUCCAUUCUUCUUGAUAUUUUGAACAAUUGCCAGACUGUCAGAGAAGUGAAAUUCUGUGAAAACUGUAAAUACGUCACCAAUAGAAUACUUGUUCUCUUAUUUUCAGCUACAAUAAUGAACUGUGCAUAAGUUAAUUAACUUAGCAUAUGUCUGUAUACAGUACAUUGUUAUUUUUUAUGUUGGAACUAAUUUUUUAUUAUUUUUUUUAUUAUUAUUUUGGCCAUUCCUUAACUUGAACCUCCACUUGUAUUCUUCUAUUGAUGGAAAAUGUGAACUUUUUUUUUUGUUUUUUACUUUAUUUUUUGUGCCAAAGGGAAUGUAUGUAUUUGUGUUUGAAUAAAUACACUGAUAUGCCAAAAAUCAUGGAACAGGAAAGAGUGCCGUAAACCAUGACUACAGAAUGCUGCACUGACCUGUGGGAUAUGUGUGGCAUCUUCUGCAUUGAAUGUUGAUGUGUCCACGUCAGUCAUGAUCAUUACCACACACUGUGCUGUCCACUGUGGGAGGUAAUGCAUUCUGUGAUGUAUUCCUGGUACACACGUGACUCUGUGGUUUGAGGAAUGUUAAAAGCCCACCUGUAAAUCUUUGGAAAUGGAAAGUCCCAUCAUCUGACCCCCACUAUCAGGCCUCACUUCAACUCCAAUCACUAAUUCACAUAGUGUGUUUUUCGCACUAUAAGGCACACUUAAAAUCAUUUAAUUUCCCCAAAAAUUGUCAGUGUGCCUUAUGUGUGAAUUUUACUUACAUUUUUAUGUAUGAAUUUUUAAUAAAAAAGCGCUAACUCUUUUGGCGUUCAGAGGCAAGUAUGUCAGCCUGUAGCCUUCUGAUAAGUCUGGCUAGCACUGUUAGAGCAGCAUUAGCAUUAAUGGCUAACCACGCUAAGCGCUAGCACUUUCGCCAUUCAGAGGUGAGUAUUUUCACCCUGUAGCUUGCUGCUAACCCCGUCUAGCACUGCUUGAGCAGCUUUAGCAUUAGCCACUAAGCGCUAGCUCUUUCACCGUUCAGAGGUGAUUAUUAUUGGCCUACAACCUGCUGUGCUUUACUCACCCAAAUAAACCUUUAUUCAGGAGAGAAAUCUGUAUAGAUUAUCAUCCAGCGCUCGUUUGACUGUAAAAGAAAAUGUUUUUUAAAGAAUUAUUAAGAGUUUUGUUACCUCCUUGAAGGAAAACCCUUGUUCCUUACUAGUGUCACAUAAUGUGCUUUAAAGUCCAGUGCGCCUUAUGUAUGAAAAUAGACCAAAAAAAAAAACGUUCAUUAAUAGAGCGCCUUAUGAUCCGGUGCUCCUUAUAGUGUGAAAAAUACAGCAGUCCUCUCCUAUGCUGGCCAGUUUUUAGACUCACAAGACUUACAAGAUAACACCUCACAACGUAUACAGGUGUGAACGUUUCCAAGCCACCUCUGUCCCAUAAGGUAACACUUCAUGAUCCGUUUACAUACUGCUGUUCCAUGACUUGUGGCACGUCAGUAUGAAUGAUAAUGACUAGGAUAGGAGUUUCAUUCUGCAGUCUCUUUAUGAUCAAAUCUGUCCUGAGAGAAUUCCUCUGCUUUGUCACUUCGUGCUUUGAAGGAUGAAUAUGAAAGCAGGUGCAGGUGUGUGAAGUGUGUGUAGCUUGUCAUGCUCGUGCUGUAGAUGUGUUUUCUCUUUCUAUUCCGCAGCAGCAGCAGCUCUGAAGAGGAGACGAGCGUUCUGACAGCUUUAACAUCAGUCAUUUUCUGAAGUUCAGGGCAGAGUUUAGGCUCAGGCUCAGUGAGUCUGGCACCUUCAGCUUUUCAUUUCUGAAGUGUGAUGUUUCCAUUACUGUUUGAGUUUUUUGUCGCAGCGUUUCCGCUGGAAAUUGAUGUGUGAGAACUUCUAUUCUGACAUGGAACAACUAAUUUUAUGUUAUUAAAGGGACGCUCCGGCCGAACAAUGCUAACGUGACUAAUGUGACUACAGUGCUAAAUGGAAUCUGCAGUUUUCACAGUCUGUUAGCCACAGAGUAGCUUUGCUUGGUUAAACUGCCCUUUUCAUGCGCAUCUCUAAUUGACUUUUUCAUGUGAUUUUUUUUUUUUUUUAUUACAGCUAAGCGCUCUGUACAGUUAUAAAACAGCUGUGAUGAAUUCU